AUGUUUCAAUAAUCAGAAGCAACUCUGGGAUAUAAUAGAAAUUAAACAGAUAAUUAGCCAGAUUCUCAAAGAGAUUCCUCUGUUCAAUAAAAUGUAAGCAUCUAAUUAUAUUUAGCCACUAUAAUAGGGUUUAACUGAUGAAUAAAAAUCAAUAGGAAUCCUCAACCCUUAUGUUUUCACAUCAUAUAAUAUGCCAAAAGUAAAGCAAACUUUUCAUACUAAUUGUAGAUUAAUUGCUAUAAUCAUUUUGGUCAAACCAUCACUAAUUUUUGCAAAACUCAAGAAUGCAGAUUACCAUUAUGUCCCGAAUGUGUAAAAGAACAUGUGAAUGAACAUUCUGAGUUUAAGACAUAUCCUAAACUGGAAUGCUUGGAAAACAUAUUGACUUAAGUUCACUCUGAUAUUUGUUAAUAAGGUAAUUCUUUUUCUAAUUGUCUUAAGCCAAUUAAAUUACUCAUGCAUAAUAUUGUAUUGAAAAAUCUGUUGCUCAAGCAUAUGCUUAAACUACUUUCACUGUUGAGAAACUCAAAGAAGCUAAGAAAAGAAUUCUAAAUGUUAUUGAAUAAUACUUUGACACUUUAGAGAAUGAAUUGGAAAAUAAAUAAAAGAAAAACUAUGAAAAUUUCAAAAGAGAUGCAGAUGCACUUCUGAAAGCAUUAAAAGCCAGGAAUGGAGCAUAUCUAAAUUUUUUAGAUAAACUCUAACAACCAGAAUGCAUGUAUUCUCUCUUACCAUAUCUUGCAUCUCCAAGUUAAGAAGAUAACAAAUAAUAUCUUUAAAUUGCUAAUAAAUUUACAAGCAGAUUCAAAGAAGUUCAAUCUGAAAUUACUUUUGACUCUUUCAAAUCGUAAUAAUUUAACUAAUUUUAGAGCUUAAUUAAGUUCACGCUUAGCAGAGAUUGUUGGCGUUGUCCAUCAAGAUCUUACAGAAUAUUUAGAUAUCCAUAAGCUUGCCCCGCCAGAAAUCGUUAAGAGCAAAGCUUUAACACUAAAACCCCAAAAUAAUCAAAUACAAAAAAAAGCAUCAUCUCCCCAAUAACGAUAGAGAAAUUUGAGCAAAACAUAUUAAAUUUAAGAAAAUUAGGAUAAAGAGAUUAUAAAAGUUAACCCUAAUUAAAAUUAAGUUGAAUAGACCAUUCGAUAUUAAUAGAUUAACCCUUAGCCUAUUCAAAUUCAAUAGUAUUAAUCUCCUUCAAAUUUCAGCUCUAUGAAUCAAAACUACCCUUAAUAAUUUACUUAAUAAUAACCUCAAUAUUAUUCCAAUCAGCCUCAAUAUUCAGCUUAAUUUCCAUACAAUCAAUAAAGAUAUUAGUAACAAGUGCCAUAUCAAUAAUAUUUACAGUAUGAUCAGAACGGCUAAUAUUAAAAUACAAUUAAUCCUAUUUAGAAAUAUUAUUGA